GGACCAUGGAGAUCGUGUAUGUGUACGUCAAGAAGCGAAGCGAGUUCGGGAAGCAAUGCAACUUCUCCGACCGCCAGGCGGAGCUGAACAUCGACAUCCCGCCCAACCCCGAGCUGGCCGAGCAGUUUGUGGAGCGGAACCCGGUGGACACGGGCAUCCAGUGCUCCACUAGCAUGUCAGAACACGAGGCCAACACGGAGCGGUUUGAGAUGGAGACCCGGGGGAUUAACCAUGUUGAGGGCGGCUGGCCCAAGGAUGUGAACCCCCUGGAGCUGGAGCAGACGAUCCGGUUCCGGAAGAAGGUGGAGAAGGAUGAGAACUACGUCAACGCCAUCAUGCAGCUUGGCUCGAUCAUGGAGCACUGCAUCAAGCAGAAUAAUGCCAUUGACAUCUACGAGGAGUAUUUUGAUGACGAGGAUGCGGUGGAGGUGACAGAGGAGGCCCCUUCAGCUAAAACCAUCAAUGUUUUCAGGGAUCCCCAGGAGAUCAAGCGGUCAGCCACACACCUCUCCUGGCACCCUGAUGGCAACAGAAAGUUGGCGGUGGCAUAUUCUUGCUUGAAUUUUCAACGGGCGCCUGAGGGCAUGAGCCACGAAUCGUACAUCUGGGACCUGGAAAACCCCAACAGGCCUGAAAUUGUCCUGAAGCCAUCUUCUUCUCUUGUCACCUUGGAGUACAACCCCAAAGAUUCCCACGUGCUUCUGGGAGGCUGCUACAAUGGGCAGCUUGCCUGUUGGGACACCCGCAAGGGCAGCCUGGUGGCGGAGGUGUCCACCAUUGAGUUCAGCCAUCGAGACCCUGUGUAUGGUUCCAUCUGGCUGCAAUCGAAGACGGGCACUGAGUGCUUCUCGGCAUCCACAGACGGGCAGGUCAUGUGGUGGGAUAUCCGAAAGAUGAGCGAACCCACCGAGGUGGUGAUCCUGGACAUUACCAGAAAGGAGCAGUUGGAGAGCGCCUUGGGGGCCAUCUCCUUGGAGUUCGAGUCUACUUUGCCAACCAAGUUCAUGGUGGGCACCGAGCAGGGCAUUGUCAUCUCUUGCAACCGCAAGGCCAAGACGUCAGCUGAGAAGAUCGUGUGCACCUUCCCAGGCCACCAUGGCCCCAUCUAUGCCCUGCAGAGAAAUCCGUUCUACCCGAAGAACUUCCUGACCGUCGGUGACUGGACCACCCGCAUCUGGUCCGAGGACAGCCGGGAGUCGUCCAUCAUGUGGACCAAGUACCACAUGGCUUACCUCACCGACGGCGCCUGGAGCCCAGUGAGGCCGGCGGUUUUCUUCACCACCAAAAUGGACGGGACCCUGGACAUCUGGGACUUUGUGUUCAAGCAGUGUGACCCUGCCCUCAGCCUGAAGGUGUGUGACGAGGCCCUGUUCUGCCUCCGGGUGCAGGACAACGGGUGUUUCAUCGCCUGCGGUUCUCAGCUGGGGACCACCACGCUGCUGGAGGUCUCCAAUGGGCUGUGCACACUCCAGAGGAAUGAGAAGAACACAGCUUCUUCAAUAUUUGAGCGGGAGACCCGGCGGGAGAAGAUUCUGGAGGCCAGGCACCGGGAGAUGCGGCUGAAGGAGAAGGGCAAGGUGGAGGGCAAGGACGAUGACCAGAGGGAGGAGGAGACCACCCUCAACCUUGAGGAGCUGGUCACCAAGGCCGAGGAGGAGUUCUUCGACAUCAUCUUUGAGGAGCUGAAGAAGAAGGAGGCGGAAGCCAUGAAGAAGAAGCCGAAGCCUAAACAUCAGGAUCUGGAGACAGAUGAGGAGGUGGAAGGAGAAGACCAAGGGGAGGAAGAAGGUGACCAUGCCGAGACUCCGACCUAGAAGGGUCAGGUCGGCCUUGCCGUGGACCCACUUGCUCUGCGCCUCUGUUUCCCACCUCCUGGUACGGCGCUGGCUUCGCAAGUGGGCGCUGAGCCCCCCCCUUAAAGUGUCAGCAGAGGUAGGGCUGGGCGAGCAGAGGGUCCCUGACCCGACCCGAUGCCCCACAAAGGGCCGGCCCCCACUGACUCACUGAGCCCAGUCCCAAGGGACCUGUUGGAGGGAGGGAAGGGGCAGGGCUCAUGCCCCAGCUGGGGACCCCUCCUCUCAGCCAGCCGAGCACACCCUGCCAUUCAGCCUGGCCCUGCGUGUUCCCUUGGGUUCAGCUUCCCCAGGGCUUUUCGGGCAAUCAUUUUCCUGCAAAGUCUGCAGAGCCUCCAACUGGACUUGCCUCAGCCUUGGCGGGGCCUCAGAAAGACCGGUGCGCGGGGAGAGGGGCUUCUCCUCCCAUCCUGACCCUCCCCUCCACAUACAACUCGGAGACACAGUCCGUCCGCUUCUAAAAUGUCUCUGGGCAAACCCCCACCCCGA